GCGAGCUCGCAGCCUCCGCCCGGCCCGGGACCUCCUCAUCGCGGCUCCCCAGACGCGCACUCGCUUCGUCCCAGGCCUCGCGUCGCCCGGCCGGCCAGCGGGCUCCCCACUCUUGCCGCGCGCUCUCCCGCGAGCCCCCGGUCCGCCCGGCGCCCCUCUCCUAGGCGCGCGCAGCAUGGCGCCCCCCCAGGCCCUCGCGUUCGGGCUCCUGCUCGCGGCGGCGACGGCGGCGGUGGGCACGGCUCAGAAAGACUGUAUCUGUGAGAAGUACAAGCUAACCACAAACUGCUCUACAAACUGGAAUGGUCAAUGCCAGUGUACUUCAAUUGGUACACAGAAUACUGUCAUUUGCUCAAAAUUGGCUACCAAAUGUUUGGUGAUGAAGGCAGAAAUGACUACUUCAAAGGCUGGGAGAAGAGUGAAACCUGAGGGGGCUAUCCAGAACAAUGACGGUCUCUAUGACCCCGACUGUGAUGAGAAGGGGCUCUUUAAAGCCAAGCAGUGCAAUGGCACUGCCACGUGCUGGUGUGUGAACACUGCUGGGGUCAGAAGAACCGAUAAGGACACUGAAAUAAUGUGCACCGAACGCGUGAGGACCUAUUGGAUCAUCAUUGAACUAAAACACAAAACAAGAGACAAACCUUACGAUCUCCAAAGUUUGCGGACUGCUCUUGAGAAGGCCAUCACAACUCGUUAUCAACUGGAUAGAAAAUACAUCACAAACAUCCUGUAUGAGAACGAUAUUAUCACUAUUGACCUGAUGCAGAAUUCUUCUCAGAAAACUCAGGAUGAUGUGGAUAUAGCCGAUGUGGCUUACUAUUUCGAAAAAGACGUGAAAGGUGAAUCCUUGUUUUAUUCCGGCACAAUGGACCUGGAAGUAAACGGGGAGCAGCUGGAUCUGGACCCUGCUCGAACAUCAAUUUACUAUGUUGAUGAAAAAGGACCUGAAUUUUCGAUGAAGGGUCUAACAGCUGGAAUCAUUGCUGUCAUUGUGGUUGUGAUAAUAGCAAUUAUCGCCGGAAUCGCUGUGCUGGUUAUUUCCAGAAAGAAGAGAAUGGCGAAGUAUGAGAAGGCUGAGAUAAAGGAGAUGGGUGAGAUGCAUAGGGAACUGAAUGCAUAACGACUAUAAUUUGAAGAGUAACUACAAGAAGGGAAAUUAACAUAUGGAUCCAGAUGACAAGUCCAGGAGCACCAAAGAGAAGCUUGAGGUUGACUAUGUCAGUUACCAUUGUACAUUUGGGAUAGCGAAACUUGUAUUCAGAAUAUAAGCAGCUUGAAAUUGGCUUUACCAGUCUUAAAAUUGGACCACAGGUGUCUUAUAUACACAGAUCUAAUGCAAAACCCAGAACGUUUUACUGCACAGUUAUUUAUGUCCAGCAUUGGAGAGGGCAUCAAAUGUACUUCCACAGUAGAGUUUCAAUGACUAGUGCCUCAUUUGUCUGUGAUUGAAAGUUAACCUUCUGUUUAAUUUCUGAGUCUUGUACAUAUUAUUUUCUCUAGUGUCUUUAAACUUUGUUUUUUAUGAACUAUGAAAUAAAAACAUUUUUAGACGGAAUUUCCUGAUUUUGUUUGAAGCAUUGAAUCAAAUUUCAUAGCAUACACUUAAGAUAAUAGGGUAAGAAUUGUCCUGAGCGCCAACUACAUGUUAAAUGGAGUUCUCCAUGAACACUUAACAAUUAUGUGUGUUCAGCACAAAAUGUAUGUGUAAUGUGUAACUUCUAUACAGAAAAACCAAUUUUAUUCUGAGUGAAUCUUAAGUUUGUAUU